ACUCAUGAAUAUUGUGUAAAAAUAAAAACAUUCUAAGUUAAAAAAUGGUGGAUUAUCAAUGAAAGAAGUUGUUUAUAGUUUAUGCAGUAACGAAACUUUAGAUAGUAUUUGUGUAUCAUUUAGUAACUAAAUGUUAUUAUAUGAACUUUGAGCAAAUCAAACCACACUUCUCAUUCAAAUCGUUGUAACUAAAUAACUUCGAGUCUGAAAUGAAGAUAAACGAGAAAAAUUUAUGCGCUUUCGCAUCAUCAGCUACUCCAGUAGAUCGAGAAGGUUGGCUCGAUCUUCGGGGAGAAGUCGGCAAGAGUUAUCAGCGGCGAUGGUUUACAUUAAAAGGCAAUUUGUUGUUCUAUUUCGACAAGAAAGGUGACAAAGAACCCGUAGGAGUUAUUAUUUUGGAAGGAUGCACUAUAGAAUUGACAGAGGAAGAAUCAUACAGUUUUAAGAUAGUGUUCCACUGUGAGGCUGGUCGCACAUAUUUCUUAUGCACCAACUCGCAAGCAUCUAUGGAGGCUUGGAUGAAAGCUCUGGCCUGCGCUAGCUAUGAUUACAUGAAACUUAUGGUGGCCGAGUUGCAAAGACAGUUGGAUGAAGCACAAGCUGAAGAAGCAGCAGAAGCUGCAGCUCUAGUUACAAUAACUCCCCCAGAAGAGGAGGAGCCUAAAGUGCCGCCGCGUGGGCAGCGACACAAUCCAUUUAAUAAAGUGGCAGAUGGAGAGAGUAAGGCUGUGCCCGGGAGUAGGCAUCACAAAGAGAGCGCGCGGCCCGAAGCGGUCCGCAAGCGCGUGUCGUUCCGCGACAUCCACACGGCGUUCGGGCGCGCCGUGCUCGCGCACCGCGCGCACUGGCGCGCCGCCCGCAGCGCGCCGCAACCCCCACCGCUCAUACAGCUUUGAAUACUAUAGAAAUAUAUUGGGUUAUGCGUAGAUUAUAUUCAUUUGUGUUGUGUAUAAAGAUUAUUUGGUAAAGAUAUAUGUAUUUUUCUACAUCACAUAAUUAUUUGAAAAGAAAGAUUUGGUUUUACAUUAGAAAUGUUACAGGCCGAUGUGGUGAUGUAUUAUCAUAGAAGUGCAAUUUAUAGAAAUCAGUAUAUUACAAGUGAUGAUUUCCUUUACCCCCUAAAAUUCAAGUACUAUAUUUUAUAGAAAUGAAGUGGCCUUUAUGUGGUAUAUCUCUAUGGAUCUAUAAUCAUUACUUUAGCCUGGUAGAAAACUUAACAUGCUUACUUACUUUUAGAAUUAUUUUUAAAUAGUCAAUUGUCCUCUCAUAUUAUUGUGUUACCUCGUGACAUUGUAAUUGUACGAGCAAGCAAAGCAAUUAAGUAUGUUUUGUUAGCAAAUUUAAAGACAAACAUGUAAUUUUCUGUUUUUUCUUAUUUAUUUUUAGUA